AUGCUGCCCUGUUUGCGUGGCAGCGAUGCAAUGAAGUUCAGGAUCUGAAGCCACUUUAAUUCCCACCCAACUUUGGGAACUGGAGCGAUUUCCCACCGAUAUUCAUUUGAGAUACAGAUAUUUUGCCGGAAAUAAAUGGUUUCCCACUGGUCGGUGUCAAUCCGCUAAGAGUGACCACCAGUGAUUUGGAGUGCGCAGUUAGACCCCCCCCCCAUUGCUUAUCACCUCUCCGGGGCUUUUUAGGGCAUUGAUUGAAAAUGGAAGAUGAACUCUUUCAGCAGCUGACUUAUGUGCUCAAUCAGUUGGUGUCAUGGUUCGCCGCCGGGGCCAUGGUCUUCGGUGGGGUCGUACCCUAUAUCCCCCAGUACCGGGACAUCCGACGGACCCAAAACGCAGAGGGCUUCUCCUCCUACGUGUGCCUAGUUCUCCUGGUGGCCAAUAUAUUGAGGAUACUCUUCAGGUUCGGGCGGUAUUUUGAGACCCCCCUGUUGUGGCAAAGCAUCAUCAUGAUCGUCACCAUGCUGAUUAUGCUCAACCUGUGCACCAGCGUCCGUGUUGCCGCAGAGCUGAGCACCAAACGGCGGGUCUUCCUGGCAUCAGACAGUAAGGAUGAAGAGAUCAAAGUUCCUAAGAAGCUUUUCCUGGACUUCGACUGGAGCUCCUUCUGGCUGUGGAGUCGCUUCUCGGACUACCUGCAGUGCGUGCUGACCUUCACCGCCGCUGCUGGCUACGUCACCUACCUCCUGCUGGACUCCCCGCUCUAUGUGGAGACUCUGGGCUUCCUGGCCGUCUUCACGGAAGCCAUGCUGGGCACGCCGCAGCUGUACUGCAACUACCAGAACAAGUCCACUGAGGGCAUGAGUAUCAAGAUGGUCUGCAUGUGGACCAGCGGCGACACCUUCAAGACGGCCUACUUCCUGCUCACCCAGGCCCCCGUGCAGUUCUGGGUUUGUGGCCUCCUGCAGGUCUUCGUGGACCUCGCCAUCCUCUUCCAGGUCUACUACUACAGCCGCUACCCCCAGAAGCCUGUGUCCCACACGGCCCACACCACCAGCGCCAAGGCUCUCUGAGCUCCCCCCCACCCUGGCUAGGUGGGGACGCUCAUUCACACCCCCGGGCACACAGGCGUCCCAUGGCAUUUGCGAUGGGAGGAUCUCUUCCUACUUUUUAUAACCAGUCCUUUAAUAUUAUACGCAAUCUCUUUGGGCAUAUGUCAGUUUGUGAGCAGACUAUAAAUAUGUAUACUUGUACUUGCACACACCGAUGAUUGGUACAUAUGUAUACAGUGCACAAUGUGUGUGUUUGUAGCGUAAACACUCGUAAUAUGGAUGUUUUCCUUACGCCUGGCCUGCGUCUAUAACGACUGCUGCAUGCAAACCUUGCCUUAGAUAAUUCCUCAAGGGCUGCCCCGGCUUUGGAGCAUCGGGAAAGAAGCGGGUGCCACAUUGGAAACCCCCCCCCCCCCCCCCCGUAAACUGUUCACUCUUCUGUAGGUUUUAAACACCCCCGACAGUCACGACUUCCGACGCCAUUGUCACACAGUCCCGGUGGGGACCUGGUUACUCUCGUCUUUCCAGGCGAUUAGAGAACCCUGCUGACGUCCGGGGGCUCAGUCUCCAUCGAUCGCAGCUAUACCAAAAAAGGCCAUGACCCAUGGACGCACACACAAGAGCCAGUAGGGGGCAGCACUACUAAGACGUCAAUGUGUCAAACGUGUUCAUGAGCCAAUCAGAUGGUCCAUGCCUCAGAAGCUGGUACGUUUCAUUGGAGGUUUAUUGGUGGGGUUUCAUGGUGUCACAGUCCAGCCAUCCACCUGCAGCCAUCUAGAUGAUUCCGUGUGGUGCAGGAUAGUAUAUUAUUUUCAUUAUUAUGUUUAAUUACUUGUGCGAUAUGGGCAUGGGUUGCUAUAGUUAAUGUGUGGAUAAAAGCCAAUUUAAGCCUGAACUGCAUAACCACUGUUACGCUGCAAGGUCUGACCUCUCCUGGGGGGGGGGACAGACCUCGUGGAGGUACUCGGAGUGGACACCAGCUGUCAUUUGCUCCCGUGUCCAUGGUUACCCUUCGAGGUUCAGCUUUCAGGUUUUGGAUGAAUAAAUCUGUUGGUCACAUGGAUUUGGGGAAUCCGCUAAUCUCAUUUUUAUUAUUCUUGGUGUUUCUCCAUUCCAAAGGAUUUUUUUGGAGACAUGUGUUAGUUUUUCUGUAUUUUCUGUGUUUUUCCUUAGAAUUUUAUCUUUGUUUUAUACAUUUCGUUUUUAAGAACAUUUCACUUCCUAGUUACAGAUUUGACCAUCCUUUAUGUUACACGCCAUUAAUGCGCUCCUGGUGAGCUCGCUCACCACAUGCAGGUCACUUAAAGUGCACGGAUGGCCUUCGCUAGCCCGUAAGGCCAUAUCCUUCCCUCUCUGUCAUCCGUGCCGUCUUCACUGGGCCCCCAGUCCUUGCUUAUAUCAUAAUGGUCUGUCCCGGCUUCACCUCGGUUCAACCCAAUUGGAUCUGUGAAGUUUAGCACAUCUCCCCUUUCUGUGCUGUCCUCCUUUCAUGGUGAAUUCUGGAAAGAUGUGCCAGUAUUACUUUAAAAUGAAGUGUUUAAUGUAAAUGUGAGAGCUGAACCACAAGCCCGCUUCCCUGACAGAGCGGUCAAAACAAAGUCGCUCACAUAUGUGCGCUUUUCUGAUGCUGCGCGUCGCACCCGCGUGUCGCACCCGCGUGUCCCGGCUCUGUGGCCCCGGCGGGGUACACUCCAGCUCCCCAGGCCCGCCUCAGGGUCACACUGCCUCUCCGCUCCUGCACUUUCAAAGCUAACCUUUGACGCUCCUCCUCACCCUGUGCUGACCAGCACCGGACACAUCUGUGUGCUCAUGGGAUUUUUACCGAUACCAAAAUGUUGGGAGGGCUGAAGGAAAAAUGAUUGGUUCAGAGAGACUGGAGGAGGUGGGACCAACCAAUCAAAUGUCUUGGUCCUAGUUGAUUGCACCCACCUCCUCUACAAUUUGAUUGGUUCAGAGAGAGAACCAAUAAUUUUUCCUUCUGCCCUCAGAACAUAUAUGUGUAAAACUCCCAUGAUUUCUGUCUCCAUGGAGCUCCUCUUUUCAGUCUUUUUUUCAUAUUGUAUGUCAUUUGCGGCAUUAGCCAAAUGUGGUCAUUUGCUGAUGCAUUUGUUGUAAAUGAGUAUGGUAACGGCAGCUGGGUUAUUGUCAUUUAAGUCCCCCCUAUAAGAUUAAUCUGCAGGGGUUGCCUACAUGUGUUCAUAUACAUUUUUUUUAAUAAACUGUUUGUAUUCUAUGAAGAUUUGGUAGGAAGAAAAUGUAAAAAAAAAAAAAAAAAUCUAAUAAAUGAAUGGUUUGAGAAUGUUGCAAACGGUCAGUAAAGGAUUAAAGGUAAACGGA